AUGGCUAGAAGGACGGAUUUAGCCAUCCCAGGGCGUCCGAGCAUGAGAGGAUCCUGGGCACUUUGCGUGGUUUUUUUCCUGACGACACUUCAGACAGUCGUAGGAAACCAGGGCAGCAUUUUAGGAAGCUGUCAUUGUGACCAGAAACUUCCCGAGUCUCUAGAUUCUACACUUUGGAAAUCACUCACUACUCAUCUACGGGGAUAUGAACACUGCCGAAACUACAUAAGGUUUCGCCUGCCCAGAAGAAAUCUGUGUGCAAGUCUCCAAAACACUUGGGUCCAGGAGCUUAAGACUUGCUUUGACAACCAUGAAUGUGGAUUCUCAAGGAUAGACCAAUCUGCAAAUCAGGCCAAACAGGAUGAUUACACAACCACCAGGACCCAAGGCAAUGAGCUGCCAGGACUGGACCACUUACCUCCAUUCACCCCUACCACCCACCCAUUCUCCCAGCCCAACCAGUCAACAAGAACCCAGCCCAGAGGAAUGAGGGAUAGAUAUCUCAAUGAUACCUCCAAUGCCCCACCAGAGAACACCAGCAUCAUAAACCUAAAGUGGGGAGCUGAGAAGAAGCCUAUAGAGCAGCUGGGCACCUCUCCCAUCGUACCUGUCUUGUGCCUACUUGCAAUCGUCUUUGUCCUUACGGCAGCUCUAGUUUAUGUCUUGUGUCAGAAAAGAAGAGCUAGACAAUCUCUAAAGCAGCACUCCAAAGGUUUUGAGCUGAUAAUCCCUUAUGAGACAAAUCCGUCUGACUCCUUGAUAUGAGCCAUGCUUCAGCUAUCUGGACACAGGUUUUUCUCCAAGACAUUCUACGAUUAUAUUAAUUUCUCCUGUGCCAUUGUGUAUUCACUAAACAUGAUGAUUGUUCUCUAA